UUUAGCUCUUAUUUGGCAAGAGGACAGGUCAUCUGGAGGGGAUAGUGUGUUUCUAUAUAAAGAUCUUUGCGAAUAGAUUUCAUUAUCAAUCGUCUUUUAGCAUUUGAAGGUGGCAUCUGGUGGCAUUUCAAAAGCGAAAUGAAGCUGACUUUCGUUUUCCUAGCUGUUAUUUUGGGGACGGCUUGUGCCGCUUUGGUCUCGACCAAUGAAUACUUGCCUCCUCUGGAGGAUUCGUCACCUACUAGCAAUGUUGAUUUGCAAUCAAUAAGCGAGUCAAGUCCUUUGGCAGAUGACGGCUAUCGUUACAAGACAGUGAAACGUUUGCGGUUGCGCCAAAGGCGUGAUGUCAAUGAACUACCCGCCAACGAAUACUUGCCCCCUGCACAGGAAACUCAAGUCGUCGAAGAAGUUCCUGCCCCAGCCGAAGAAUCGGCCGUAUUAGCCGAUGAUGGUUACCGUUACAAAACUGUGAAGCGUAUCCGUUAUCGUCACCGUCGUGAUGUAAGCGAAUUGCCAGCCAACGAAUACUUGCCCCCUGCACAAGAAACUCAAGUCGUCGAAGAAGUCCCUGCCCCAGCCGAAGAAUCGACCGUAUUAGCCGAUGAUGGCUAUCGUUACAAGACUGUGAAGCGUAUCCGUUAUCGUCAUCGUCGUGAUGUAAACGAAUUGCCCGCCAACGAAUACUUGCCCCCUGCACAAGAAGCUCAAGUCGUCGAAGAAGUUCCUGCCCCAGCCGAAGAAUCGGCCGUAUUAGCCGAUGAUGGCUAUCGUUACAAGACUGUGAAGCGUAUCCGUUAUCGUCAUCGUCGUGAUGUAAACGAAUUGCCCGCCAACGAAUACUUGCCCCCUGCACAAGAAACUCAAGUCGUCGAAGAAGUUCCUGCCCCAGCCGAAGAAUCGGCCGUGCUAGCCGAUGAUGGUUAUCGUUACAAAACUGUGAAGCGUAUCCGUUAUCGUCAUCGUCGUGAUGUAAACGAAUUGCCCGCCAACGAAUACUUACCACCUCAACAACCAGCCCCAUUUGUAGCCGAUAUCCCAGUGGCUUCAACUGCCGAUUUCGAGAGCGAAAAGACCCAAGACACUGCCGUAUUAGCCGACGACGGUUACCGUUACAAGACUGUGAAGCGUAUUCGUUAUCGUCAGCGACGUGAUGUCAACGAAUUGCCCUCCAACGAAUACUUGCCGCCUGUCCAGGAAAAUCAGUUGGCUGAGGAAGUCGCUCCUCUCGAAAACUCCUCCAUAUUAGCCAAUGAUGGCUACCGCUACAAGACUGCUAAACGCGUCGUUUACAGACGUCGUUUCUAAAUACCGAACUCUCUUUUAUAACAUAGACCUAACCAAAUGUACAUUUUCGACACGCUAAUGAAUGAAAUAAUCAAAAAUAUUAAUUGAAACAAUAUA